CCCGAGGCCGAGCGCGCGCCACUCUUGGUUCUUCUGCUCUUUUUCAUCACCGACAACCAAACAAUCUUCUUCACAAAGUCGAGAUCCGCUGCGCCGAUGUCCAGAGUCGCGAUAUAGACCGUCGAGCACCGCCUCAUACUCAGCAACGACAGCAAACGCGAGUUCUGAACCGAGUCAAAUGAGCAUACCCGCCUCUGUCUGAUCUCAAGUUACUCUCGCUCUCUCUCGGCCUCUCAUCAGCAAAGUGAAGAUCGUCGCGGGCUGGCCUGGCUCUUGUCGCUGAAUUCGAAUGCGCAUACUUCCCCGGACGCUGCUGGCUCUGCUUGCUGCUCUCGUCCUUGUCGCAGAUGCGCAGCCGCGUGUUCUGGUCCGCGCAGACAGCUCGCGUACGGCGACCGCAACCAGCAGCAGUAGAAGCAGCAGCAGCAGUAGUAUCAGCAGCAGCAGUUCACAGUCGUCGUCUGCGCUGCCGUCUGCAAUUACCGAAGGCAGCUCACUAGGUUUCUCUGCUACAUACACAACCUCAUUCACAUCGUCAUCUUCAUCGUUAUCAUCCACAGCAGCAUCAUCAUCCUCGAGUAUACUACCACGUGCGUUCGACUAUCCGCUCGGCAAAAACUUUACACAGUCCUCGUGUCCCGAUUUCUUUGACGAGUUCCUGGCCGACGACGACUUUAUCGACUGCUACCCUUUUUCGUUUUUACUCCAGAACUCAAACUCGUUCUUCAACACAAUCAAAGACGGCGCCUACGCGCUCUCCAACGCCUUCGACCGCAUCUGCUCCGUCAAUGCCACGAAAUGCCUCGCGACCAUGAACGCCUACGGCGCGCGCCUGACCACGAGCGCCGCCUGCCUCGACGACUACGAGCUGCAGAACCCGCUCGCGACGGCAGCAUACAACGGCUUCACCGCGUACGAGGUCAUGUACUCCGCCGGCUGCCUGUCAUCCACCGACUCGGGCGCGUACUGCUUCGUCGACGCGCAGGAAAACUCGAGCGCGCUCGCGGAUUCGUAUCUGUAUUACCUCCCGCUCGACGUCAGCCUGCCAAACUCGUCGGCGCCAACCUGCUCCCGCUGCGCGAGCGACAUCCUCGCCAUCUUCUACAGCAGCGCGGGAAACACUUCGCUUGCGCUGUCGCGCACCUACGCGGCUGCCGCGGACGCCGUCGACGACGACUGCGGGGCUAAUUUUGCAGACAAGGAUGUCGCGUACUUUACCCCCUCGGCGGCGGCGGCGGGCGCGGCCGCGAGCGCGUCGAGCUCGGCGUCGUCGUCUGCUGCGGGGGUGGGUGGGGUUACUGCUGCGAGAAGCGCGAGCGUUGUCGCGGCGGUGGUGGUGGGUGUGAUGGUCGUUGCGGGGUUGGGAUUAUAGGAUUACAUGUAGAUUUACGUAUGUACGAAGAGAGAGGGAGAAGAUGAGAAGUAAUGGGUUAAUGAAAAGCCAGCUGGGGUUCAAGGAGUUUUCUGUCUGC